GACGGGAUCACAGGGAAAGGUUGCCUCUAGCCAUGUACGUAUAUCGUCUCUAUCAAACCAGAACCCCAAUCCAAGCAGAUAUAUUAGUGGCACAGCACAAGCUUGUUCCAGAUUCUCAAGCUUAAAUACAUAUAUCGACCCCGCAGUGAACAUCAGGAUAUUUCCAACCUGACAAUCCCAUCAUAUCAUCAUCAAAAAUAAAGCUUUCAUCACAAUGAAGCUCUCCAUCUCCGUCCUCCUUGCCAUUGGGACUGCCCAAACCGUCUUUGCGGCCCCGAUCACCAACAAUGCUGCAGAGAAGAGGAAUCCUAUGGUGUACGAAGAGGCCACUGCUGCCGGUGGCUGGAUCCCCGACAAACGAUCGGCUGAGGAGAAACGUAUGGUCUACGAAGAGGCCACUGCUGCCGGUGGCUGGAUCCCCGACAAACGUUCGGCUGAAGAGAAACGUAUGGUGUACGAAGAGGCCACUGCUGCUGGGAGUUGGAUUCCCGACAAACGUUCGGCUGAACAGAAACGGAUGGUCUAUGAGGAAGCCACCGCUGCCGGUGGUUGGAUCCCUGAUAAGCGUACCGCUGAGGAGAAUAAACGGAUGGUCUAUGAAGAGGCCACUGCCGUCGGAGGCUGGAUACCUGAUGCUAAAGCGUAAUGCACCGGAUAGAACGGAUUCAGGAUGAAGGAAGCCUCGCAUUACGAGAAGAUGACGGUUUUGAAAGGCGCGCAAGGAUGUGGCGGGAGAUCCAUGCGGGGUACAUGGGGCAGAUUAGGAAUGACAGAUGAUGAUAAUGAAAGUUUUCAUGAUUUGAUGCUUGUCUGUACAGAUCCCAUCCACCGAGCCUCACUUAGAUUUCUGAGUUCCCUCUCCCAUAACUCGUCGGCUCGUGCGGAGACGACAGUUGAGACAACGCACAAAGUUACAGCCUGCCGCGAAAGAUGGGCUAGAUGUACGUACACUAGAUGCCCACCCCGCACUUGCGAUCAAGGCGAUCACAGUACUACUGCAAGAAUGUCAUUGCAUAUCUCUUAUAGCUCACUGUUUUGAAGAGGC